AUGGAUUACGUUAAUGAUCUGUACAAGUUCUAUAAAGUUGCCGAGAAUGAGCGUCGCCCCCGCGACUACAUUCACUCCCAGGUGCAUCUCAGCUCCAAGAUGCGGGCCAUCCUCGUCGACUGGAUAAUAGAAGUGCAUGACGAGUUUGAUCUCAUGCCGGAGACCCUCUACCUUACGGCGUACAUCAUCGACCGGUAUCUCACGAAGCAGCUCGUGCUUCGGAGGGAGCUUCAGCUGGUAGGCGUGUCAGCCCUGCUGAUUGCUUGCAAGUACGAGGAGGUGAUGUUUCCACAGGUGAGGGAUUUGGUCUGUAUAACAGACAAUGCCUACUCCAGGAAGCAGAUACUGAGGAUGGAGAAAGCCAUUCUCAAUCGGCUUGGAUGGAACCUGACAGUUCCUACACCUUAUGUGUUCCUUGCGCGCUUUGCCAUGGCUGCGUCUUACUUCAAUUUGAAGAACUAUGGGGAGAUGAUGAACAUGGUGUCCUUUUUUGCUGAACUGGCACUGAUGCAAUAUGCGCUGGUGCCGUCCAAGCCCUCCAUGGUUGCUGUUGCUGCUGUCUAUGCAGCCAGACUCACACUCAAGAAGACCGAUUCAUGGACUCGCACUCUCAAACACUAUACUGGCUUUACUGAAUCACAGCUAAUGUAA